CUUCCCCAGAUCAUUGCUGUCAUCUCUGUAUUUUUCAUCGUAAUCUCCAUCCUAUCGUUCUGCCUAAAGACACACCCCGAAAUGAGGGUCCCCGUGCUGAAGAACGCGACAUCGCAAACCGCCAACGGCAGCUACACCUGGAGGCUCGAGAAAAAGGAAACGGAGCCUCACGAGGCUUUCUUCUACAUCGAGUGCGCCAGCAACGCCUGGUUCACCUUCGAGAUCAUCAUCCGGUUCGCCGUGGCCCCCAACAAACUCCAGUUCCUCAAAGCGCCGGUCAACAUCAUCGACAUCGUGGCCACGCUCAGCUUCUACCUGGACUUCAUGCUCACCGAACUGAAGCAGGAGAGCGACAUGCUCGAGUUCUUCUCCAUCAUCAGGAUCAUGCGGCUGUGCAAGCUGACCAGGCACUCGGCCGGUCUGAAGAUCCUCAUACACACGUUCAAGGCCAGCGCCAAGGAGCUGAUCCUCCUCAUCUUCUUCCUCGUGCUCGGCAUCGUCAUCUUCGCGGCACUCAUCUACUACGCCGAGAGGAUCCAGUACAAUCCGGAGAACGAUUUCGAGAGCAUACCCGUGGGCCUGUGGUGGGCCAUCGUCACCAUGACGACGGUGGGCUACGGCGACAUGGUGCCGAAGACCUACGUGGGGAUGUUCGUGGGCGCGCUGUGCGCCCUGGCCGGGGUGUUGUGCAUCGCGCUGCCCGUUCCGGUCAUCGUUUCCAACUUUGCGCUCUUCUACUCGCACACGCAGGCGCGCUCCAAGCUGCCCAAGAAGAGGCGGCGGGUGCUGCCCGUGGAGGCGCCUAGGCCUAAAGGAACCAAAGCCCCCGGGAUGGCGGGAGGGGGCGGAGGCGUAGGAGGUCCUCAGAACCGCAGGAUGAACGCCAUCAAACACAGCCACCCGGGUGCGUUAGAUGUGAAACUAAACAGGAUAGGUAAUUGCACGUUUACCUAUUGUUAG